UAAACUGAUUGCUUCUGUACUGUUAAAGUACAAUCAUACAAAGGAUUAUGGGGAUGAACACAAGUUUAAUGAGAGGAAAAGGAUUGUCAACUUCCCAUGUGUUGAGUUUGGUAAUGGAUAAACUGUACAAGCAAUUUGUUGAGAAAGAUAUCAGAGAUUUUGAAGCAUUCCAUGUUGCUAUUCUUGAUACCUUCAUCUCUAUCAACAUGGCUGUACCAGGGAAGCAUUAUUAUGCCCCAUCCUAUAAGGAUGUAAAGGAAAUUUUCGAACAAUGGAAAGAAGCUAAUGAGGAAGCCAAAGAGAAGAUGUUUGCAGACUUCAUGAAUAAGAAUGUGAAUCUCAACAAAGUAGAUGAAUCUAUGAUAAUCGCUGGAAUAGUGGCACCACCAGCAGCCAUAGUGGCUAAAAGAACAGGACAAACAACAUUUCCUCAGCUAAAAUUUAUGAAUGUCAUUCCUGAUGUUAUCUUUGUUCCCUCAGCUACAGUUUUGGCUCUCAUUGCUGUCAAAAUUUUAAGGUUAAUGUUCAUAGCAAACACCGCAUCAAAGGGUGCAACAAGGUCACUUGUUAAUCAUGUAAUGGAGCCCUCAAGUGUGGAUAACAUUCAUCCAUUUGCAGCUGAAACUGCAUCAGAUCAUUCACAACAAGACAUGCCAAAAACUGCAUCAGAUUCAAAUGCACAACAAGAGAUAAUAAAAACUGCAUCAGAUGCACAUCAACUCACGCCUAAGGGAAAUUAUUGUGCUUUGUGUAAAAAAGUCCAUGACUAACCGUUAGAGACAUACAUGAACCUGUUUGUGUAUAUAUGCUAUUUUAUGUUUCAAUCUACUACCAAAGAAGUAAAU